AUGGAGGCAGUAUCAAGCACCACGACAAGGGCUGAAUUGAAAGCACUCGAAAUGUUUCGCAGCGUUAGCAGCGAACAUGCACCGCAUUUGGUACAUUACAAGCAAGUCAUGCAAGGUUCCAAUGGUCCCCUGCCCGGCGGAUACCUGAACUUCACCGUAAUGACCAAGAUGCCUGGCGAUUCGCUGCACAAUCUGUAUUAUUGGGGGAUGCCGACCGAGGAGCGAGAAGUCAUCAUAAAGGAGUUUCUGGUUGCACUCCGGUCGAUCUAUGCCAAUGGGAUUGAGCCUGUAGAUUGUGCUUUGCGCAACGUGUUAUGGGAUAGCGAGACGAAGAAAUGCACCAUCAUAGAUUUCGAGAUCUGGCGAGGGACUGAGGAAGUUGUCGAGAAUGAAGUGAAAGAGCUUCAGAGAUGGGGCCUGGUCCGACAACCCGCGGCCAAAGACCAUUGGGCAGCAUGGAACGCCCAAUUCAGAUGA